UAAUAUCAUGGACGCUUGUUCUGUUUUCUUCUCCAUACAAAAAAGUUGGUUUGCUUUGAGCAAUUCUGUCCGCAGCCUACUCCGGCGCCAGCGCCACCCACCAGAUGCAUUCCCAGCAGAACAGUUGCUGUCGUCUCGAAUUCCCCAAAAGAAAUGGUGUCGUCGUCUCGACGCAGCACCAUAGGAGGGAGGGCGCCACGAUGCUGAGCCCCGCGCUGGCGUGCUGCAAGCUCUACAUCUCCGAGGCCCGCAACGCGCCGGCGCUGCGCGCCAUCGAGCGCGCCGCGGCGGGGCUCCGUCCGGCGGCCGUGCUCGUCAACGCGUUCGCCGACGACGCCUACAACCGUGUCGGCUACACGCUCGUCUCCCCACUAGCGGGCGCCGGCGGUGACUCGGCCCCGCCACCGCUGCAUCGCGCGGCGUUCGGCGUGGUCGCGGCGGCGCUCGAGGCCGUCGACUUCGGCGUCCACGCCGGCGCGCACCCGCGGCUCGGCGUCGUCGACCACAUCGCCUUCCAUCCCCUGGCCGGCGCCCACCUCGACGACGUUGCCGCGCUCACCAGGGCCGUGGCGGCUGACAUCGGAGACAAGCUUCAAGUGCCAACAUAUCUGUAUGGAGCAGCUCACAAAGAUGGCAGAACGCUGGCGUCAAUCAGGAGGCAGCUCGGCUACUUCAUGCCCAACUCUCCCGGCGAGCAAUGGCGCGGCGCGCCGGACUCCUCAUCCCUGCCCGUCGCCCCGGACGCCGGCCCCGCGACGCCGUCGAGGUCCAAGGGCGUGGUGGCCAUCGGCGCGACCGCCUGGGUCGACAACUACAACGUGCCCGUGCACACGCCCGACGUCGCGGCGGCGAAGCGGAUCGCGCGGGCGGUCAGCGAGCGCGGCGGCGGGCUCAGGUCCGUGCAGGCGAUGGGGCUCGCGCACGGCGAGGGCGUCACCGAGGUCGCCUGCAACCUGCUCGACCCGGCGAGGGUGGGGGCAGAGCAGGUGCAGGAGAGGGUGCAGCAGCUCGCCGCCGAGCAGGGACUCGCCGUCGGCGAGGGGUACUUCACCGACUUCUCACAGGAGAGGAUCGUCGAGCUGUACAUGCAAUCAGCUGAAGCCGAAGCUUCCCAGCAGUGACUUCUGAGUAAUUUUUGCACCGUGAGAAAACAAUGCCAUAUUUGAAUAAUGAUUUUUCUCGAGCACAAAGGAUAAUUAAGGGAAAAAAACUAAUGAAAUUAAAGGUCUUCAUAGUC